AUGCGCGGUCCAACUUUUUCGACGCCGCUUUUAUACAGUUUAUACAGAGCAAGCUCACCGCACCAUAGCACGCGUACGAUUGCAGUUUUGCGUGACAUGAAUUUCCUGGCUGAAGAAACAGCUGAGAAAACGUUUUUCUGUCAUCCAUAUAUUGCAACGAGUAGGACUCAGAGGGGGCCCCGAGUACGGUCUCUCGACAAUCUAGCCCAUCGCCAUCUGGAGUUGGGAAACAGCUGCGUCUCGGGUUGCACUGGUUGGACCUGCUGUGACAGGAGCUUCUUUAGUCUGAAGGAAGUUGCUGAGCAACAGGCGUAAGAAAUGCCACUCAACAAGGCGGUACUAGCUUGAAUGGCGCUAGCAACGAUCAGAGUUUUCAGAAUGGAAGAAUCACCUGAUUGCCCGCCUUCUGCGUGUAGCUGGGCCGUAUACAGCGAUGCGUUGUACACGCCGAAGAGGAUCCACACAAUUUGGAGAAUGCUCAUGCAUACGGCGAAGGCACCAAAGACGGCCAAUAAUCUCUGGUCUGCAUUGAACAAGAAGCAUAACGUCUUUCAGACAGCGCUCUGCUACCUUUGUGACGUGGCGACCUGGGACACGAGCUGUCCUGAAGUGACUUCAGUGUUUCUGUCUUGAUCUCCCCGUUGCCAUCUUCCCUCUAUGCUGCAAUAUUCAAAUACGUUAAUUUUACUACCUGCGUCGAGGGUGUCCGAAUCGGCACCAAAGACAGCAACAGUACACUGGGGCCACAAAGAAAAGACAGGCGUUCACCACGUUGCCUUCUUAACUCAUGCCUGACACUGUACGUGGCCCCUUCAUGGAUGGAUAUCCUUACGGAGGCUAUCAUCAAGCGGCAUCUGGCAGUCUGUUUCUAAUGCUCGAACUGAGCUAUCUGGGGCUGUCGAGUAUCAAGGGAGGCUCUUAGGCAAGCGAUCGUCUCCCACAUGGGAUCUGUGCUAUGCAUAAGGUUUUGAAAUACACAUGUUGAAGCAUGCGGG